AUAAUGUCGCCUUCAAUGUACAGUACCACUAAUCCCUAUCAUUCUUCAACUGAAGCUUCAUGACACGCCUCCUUUCCAUUUUUUGACCAGCGGCUCCACUUUAGAGGCCAUUUUUGCUCUCGACAGCCGUGGGCAAGACUACGGGGAACAUUUAAUAUAAUCCCCAAUCCCCCAAGCGGAUGUACUCCUGUAUCGUACUUUCAAGCUAGCUGGUCUACUUUUAAGACAGCUGGUGUACGCGAACUUUUCGCGUAUUACGACUUUUAGCUCGACACAGGUCGCUAAAUGUGACGGAAGGAAACAAAAGAUUUCAUCAUAGUCGUUGUUGGUCGUCUUAAAGGAACGAGGCUACUCUUGAGAAACUGUUCUUCUUGCAACUCGCAACGCCGGCUCCAUAGCCGGUCUCCGGACCCUGUAACCAUGACGACAGGAAGUUGCUGUCACCACCUGCCCGGCUCCCUGUGCGACUGCACGAGCAGCACUGACCCUCUGAAGAGUGCGGAGGAAGGAGAAGGAGGCGGGUGCCCAGGACACUGCUUCAGUCAGGUCACAACCAUAGACGGAAUGCUGCUGUCCUCCGUGCUCAAACCCGUGCAAAGUUCAUCCGCUUGCAUUGCCAGUGAUGGUCCCAUGUGUCGCAUUUGCCAUGACGGAGGCUACGGCGAGGACCUCCUGUCCCCGUGCGGCUGCGCCGGCACCCUGGGCAUGGUCCAUAAGAGCUGUCUAGAGCAGUGGCUGUCAUCUUCCAACACCAGCUACUGUGAGCUCUGCCAGACUAGGUUCAGCAUCGAACGCCAGCUCAGGCCUUUUGCAGAGGUAACUGGAGUGGCUCGACGACCCCGGCUCACGCAACGAGAAGAGGAUGUUGUGUUGCGACACAGUGUGCUUCCUGUUCAUCACUCCACUUGCUGCCAUUUCUGCCUGGUUGUGCCUGCAGGGAGCGCAGGACCAUCUGAAAUUGGGCAGUUUGUUGCAGGCCGUAGGCCUCAUAGCGCUCACCACUGUCCUCUUCACCAUCUACAUCCUCUGGACCCUGGUGUCUUUGCGCUACCACUGUCAACUGUAUUCCGAAUGGAGGAAAAAAGACCAGAAAGUGUGCCUGAUCAUUCCUGACACUCAGGAGUCUCCCUCUUCCCAGCAUUUACUCUCCUCCGAACCCUUGAAGAUGGCUGCUGAUGAAAGUGUAGUAUGAGAACCAAGGUGAAGACUGAGCACUCCUAACCUUUUACAGCCAAAAACACUCAAGUGAACUUUCCACAGAGUCCCAAACAUUGGAUGGGAAAGAAGAUGACAUACAGUAUUAGUACACUAUGGACAUCCAUGCAGUACAUGAUGCAAUGCAAGCACUGUUUUUUUUUUUUAAUGAAGCUUGAAGCUUUUUGUAAGAACAUGGAAGAACGUGCUUGCCACUUUUACUGAAGUACUCCCUAAAAAAGCAGCAGUGUGCCUUUAAGGAGAGUAUUUCACGUAGUGGUGGCAUCACUGAAGGGCUGCUUCCAUGAUGACAUCAGCAGACUUUUCACUGUGCUGCCUACUGCCAUGUUUGCACUAACUGACCCAGAAUCAGAACAAGUUCAUUUUAAAAGACAAGAAAAAUGCACAAAUUACAAAAAGGGACUAAUUCUGGAUUUUUAGGUAUAGCAAGUUCCAUUUUGGAGAGCUUUAUUUCAUUUGAGCCACAGGGAGACGGUUAAUUACCUUUUUUUCGUUCACGGAAAGCAUUGUGGAACCUCUAAAGUCAAAUGCACUAAAAGUGGUCAUAUCUGUAGUUCAACAUCUUUUGUAAAUAAAUAUGCCCCAAAAGUCAAACUAGGAUUUCAAUCUAUCACAUAGAAAGGUACCAGUGACAUGAUAGUAACCUGAAAAAGAACUUACAACAACACAGGAAGUGGUCUGGCUGCUUAGUACAAUGUAAAAAAUGAAUCAGUAUUCGUAGUUUUUCUGUGUUUUACUAUUUAUUACACAAUUCACUUAACAGUAUUUCCAAUGGGAACGUUUGUUUUGAAACUUGAAAGUCAACCUCCAUCUAGUUGUGUUAAACUUUGAUGGUUUGGGUGUAAUAAUUGGUCCCCAAUGAUGGCCUUAAAUGUGUUAUUAACAACGUAACACUUGUAAUGUUAGCACUUGUAAUGUUUGCCUUUCAUUUAUAGUAAAACAGAUGAUAUGUACACAGGAGGCAUUGAUACUACAUGCAGGAGCCUCAAAUGAACUUUGGAGAAUUUUUUUAAAAAUGACAGCUUGCGAAGCAAUGGCAGCCAUAUUAUAAUUAUUAUACAUGUUACAUGUCUUCAUUAGUGUGUAUUGUGGCGAUUCAAGUGGUGCUCUUGAAAUUAGAGUGAAAGAGAUCAGAAGCACUAUUUGGAGAUUUAAUGUUCAUCCUGCAAACAUCUUUCACCCCAGCUUCAUGUCUUUUGGUGAAAAUGCAGACAACUUGUCCCGUCUCCAACAAUGUCACUUUCAUGUCACGUGUGUGUGUGUGAGAUUUUUGCUUCUCUUGACCCUUGGUGCACAGAAACACGGCUCCCACUGGGAGCAAUGUCCAGAAGUCUUCCCCAAAAUAAAAAGAACUGAAAUUG